CUCCCCCCCCCAACCCCGCCUUUUCCACCGCAGAACCUCCGCCAUGGAAGAGGAGAUCGCCGCCCUCGUCAUCGACAACGGCUCCGGCAUGUGCAAGGCCGGGUUCGCCGGGGACGACGCUCCCCGCGCCGUCUUCCCCUCCAUCGUCGGUCGCCCCCGGCACCAGGGUGUGAUGGUGGGGAUGGGGCAGAAGGACAGCUACGUGGGGGAUGAGGCGCAGAGCAAGAGGGGGAUCCUCACCCUCAAGUACCCCAUCGAGCACGGCAUCGUCACCAACUGGGACGACAUGGAGAAGAUCUGGCACCACACCUUCUACAACGAGCUGCGGGUGGCCCCCGAGGAGCACCCCGUCCUGCUCACCGAGGCCCCCCUCAACCCCAAGGCCAACAGGGAGAAGAUGACACAGAUUAUGUUUGAGACCUUCAACACCCCCGCCAUGUACGUGGCCAUCCAGGCCGUGCUGUCCCUGUACGCCUCCGGUCGUACCACUGGUAUUGUUAUGGACUCCGGGGAUGGUGUCACCCACACCGUGCCCAUCUACGAGGGUUAUGCUCUGCCCCACGCCAUCCUCCGCCUGGAUUUGGCUGGCCGUGACCUGACAGACUACCUCAUGAAGAUCCUGACAGAAAGAGGCUACAGCUUCACCACCACGGCCGAAAGGGAAAUUGUCCGUGACAUCAAGGAAAAGCUGUGCUACGUCGCCCUGGACUUCGAGCAGGAGAUGGCCACAGCUGCCUCUUCUUCCUCUCUGGAGAAGAGCUACGAGCUGCCCGAUGGCCAGGUCAUCACCAUCGGCAACGAGAGGUUCAGGUGUCCAGAAGCUCUUUUCCAGCCUUCCUUCCUGGGCAUGGAGUCCUGCGGCAUUCACGAGACCACUUUCAACUCCAUCAUGAAGUGUGACGUGGACAUCAGGAAGGACCUCUACGCCAACACGGUGCUGUCGGGUGGCACCACCAUGUACCCUGGCAUCGCCGACAGGAUGCAGAAGGAGAUCACAGCCCUGGCGCCCAGCACGAUGAAGAUCAAGAUCAUCGCUCCCCCCGAGCGCAAAUACUCCGUCUGGAUCGGCGGCUCCAUCCUGGCCUCGCUCUCCACCUUCCAGCAGAUGUGGAUCAGCAAGCAGGAGUACGACGAGUCCGGCCCCUCCAUCGUCCACCGUAAAUGCUUCUAAAAAGAUAAAAAAAGAAAGAAAACAAAAAAUAACUUGGACUGCCGGCGGGCGCGCGCCCCCCCCCAUCCCCCCCACCGCGUGCCCGCUGCAUGAGAUUUUUUUUGUUUUUUCUUUUUUUGUUGGUUUUUUUGUCUCACUAAAGUAUACGUUUGCCCAGGCAAAUCUAUACACCUCAUGCUAGCCUCAUACAACUGGAAUAAGCCUUUCUUUCCAAAAAAAAAACAAAAAAGAGAAAGAAACUUGCCCUUGGAAAAGUCUGUACCUGAUGUUAGACACAUGUCAGCACUGGACGCUCGAGCUGUCACUUUGAUAUCAUUAUUAAUUUUUUUUUUUUACCCCAUUUAUUUGAGUUUAAGGGUUGGUUUUGGGUUGAUUAUUUUUUUUUUUUGGCUUUUUCUCUUUUUUUCUUUUUUUCCUCGGGUGUAUGCCUGAGCAAAAUACCCUGUCCCCAUGGGCUACCAGCCACGGGGCCACCUCUGGCCCACCCUGACCCGUGGCUCCCACACUGACAGUGCCCCCCCUUUUCCCCCCCCCUCCCCACAACCUACAGGGUAUUUUGGGGUCAGACUUUGCCGUUUAUCCCCCCCCUACCCCCCCCUUUCCUGGAAUAUUCCAGAUUAUUUUUGGGUUUUUUCCUGUCGAGGCUGGUAGGAGUCUCCUGGAGAAUUCAUUUCUGGGGAAAAGGUUUUGGGGGGGAAAAAAUGAAAACCACCAACAUAUCGCAUCCGAGCCUUAUGAACCGCUCUUCAUCCUCCUCCUCCUCCUCCUCACCCUGGGGCUGAAGUUCCUCAACUUUUUAAGUUGCCGGAAACUUUGCAAUUUACACCUGUAAAUUUAUGCAUCGUUUUAAUUUAUGUAAGAUUUUUUUGGGGUUUGGUUUUUUUUUUUGGUUUGUUCUUUUUUUUUUUUUUUUUUUUUUUGUACGUUGCCUUAAUGUUCUCACGUGACGGUAGGAAAUAACGAAAAACCAAAAUUUGUAAAAAAUCAGCCGAAAAGUUGAGAAAUUGUAAAAGCCCAACAACAAAACACAUCAUUGUGUAAGGAAAAUAAAACAAAAACAAAAA